GCCUGUCUCCCCGUCCAUUGGAAACUUUCGAAAAUACCCCUGAUUUCAUCUUCGCCGUCGCCGCUCUCCUCCGGCCAUGGCCACCGCCGGCAAGCCCUCCGCCUCUCUGCCCGCUGCAGCCGCGCCCUCCACCUCCUUCAACGCUCUCGAUUCGGUCCACUUCUCCUCGGGGAACCCCCGCAUCGAGGAGACCCGCGGCGUCGUCCUCCUCCACCCCGACCAGCCCGCCGCCUCCUCCUCGCCUCAUCUCCCGGUGGGGAGGAAGCCGCGGGUAUGCGUGCUCGCGGUGCCCAAUCACAUGACCUACGCCGACUUCUGCCGCUUCUGCGGCGCCUUCGUCCCCCACACACUCGAGAUGCGCAUUGUCAGGACUGAUGGUGCAGAGGACCAGUAUAGUGUUCUUAUAAAUUUCGACACUCAGAACUCCACAGACAACUUUUAUAAGCACUUCAAUGGGAAGCAAUUCUCUUCGCUGGAGGGGGAUGUUUGCCAUGUCCGUUUUGUGGAAGAUGUGCACUACACUCAAUUGAUUGAGCAUGCACAUAGCUCAGUUACGAGCUUGGCUGAGCAACCUACAUGUCCAGUAUGUCUUGAACGACUUGACCAAGAUCCUGGAGGCAUUCUCACAACAAUCUGCAAUCAUUCUUUCCACUGCUCGUGCAUAUCAAAAUGGACAGACUCAUCAUGCCCGGUCUGUAGAUAUUGUCAGCAGCAACCAGAGAAAUCCAUGUGUUCUAUUUGUGGAACUUCGGAGAAUCUUUGGAUAUGUGUAAUCUGUGGCCAUGUUGGCUGUGGAAGGUACAAAGGCGGACAUGCUAUCGAACACUGGAAGGAAACUCAACAUUGCUAUUCACUUGAAUUAGAGACACAGAAAGUUUGGGACUAUGCUGGGGACAAUUAUGUCCAUCGGCUUAUUCAGUCAAAAACAGAUGGAAAGCUAGUUGAGUACAAUUGCCAUGGUGGUCACACAGCAGAGAACACAUGUUCACUAUGCAGUGGUGAUGCCGCAAUGAGUGAAGCUCUACUGAACAGUAAAUUUGAAGCUAUUGUUGAAGAGUACAAUGAUCUUGUCACGUCUCAGCUUGAAAAGCAAAGAAAUUACUAUGAGUCACUUCUAUUAGAAGACAAAGAGGAAACUGAGAAAGAAAUUGCUGCUGCUGUUGAGAAAGCUGUGAGCAUAAAAAUCCAAAAGUUGGAAGCAAAGAUUGACAAAUGCACAGAAGAGAAAAGGUUUCUUGAUGAAGUCAAUGGCAAUCUUGUCAAGAAUCAGGAGAAGUGGAUUGAAACAAUACGAAAGGCACAAGCAAGGGAGCAAGCUGCCCUCAGAUUGAAAGAUGAAAAGAUUGAAAAACUGCAAGAAGAGAUAAGAGACUUGAUAGCUCACUUUGAGUGCCAAAAUGCCAUUGCACAAGCUCCUGACUCAAUCUCAAGCAAUAUACAAGGGGGCACGAUUCUUCCUGUAGCAUCCUCGUCAUCCUCAAGCAACAGCGGCAGAAGCAGCCCUGUUCGUGGCACGAUGAACGGGAAGCUGAAGUGAGAUCUGCACGCACUGCAGGCUGCACUUAUGUGGAUGAUGUUUACUGUUAGCAACCUAGAUCAUAGUUCAUUACGGUAAAUAGUAGCAUACAUCUGUCACCAUCCUGAUCUCUCUGAUGCGUUGUUGAUAAUCGAUGCUAGUGUGGUGUGGUAUCCUUUUGACUUCUCAACUUCAUAUAACCAGAAAUUCCACAGCGUGAGUACUUUGUGAAGCAUUAAUAUAAGGCCUGCAGAUUUUGAUUCA